AUGAGUAUUGCAGCCUCAUGGAUUCAACUAACAGAAUAUAACAAUAACUUUUUCUACUAUCGUAGAAUACCACUAUACAACAAUAUUACGUGGUUCAAUGAUCAAGGAGUAAAAUUAAAGGAUUUGUCAUAUUAUGAAACUUCUGUUUGUCCAUUUGGUGGACCAAUUGCUCUAUUUAAAAAACCAACAAAUACUUUAUUAGAUACUUCAUCAUCUGCAUCUAAUAAUAAUAAUAACAUUAGUGAAUCUCAAAUUAUUUACAUUUAUAAUGCUGCUUGUAAAUUUCAGAGAAAAAUUGACAUGACAAAGGAAGAACCAUUGAUUGGUGUUGGAUGGACCGAUGAUAUGAAAUUAAUGUGUUUGACCAAAAAACGUUUAUCAUUAUUUAAUGUAUUUAAUGGUGAGAGAUAUUCAGGACCAUGGCAAAAUGAUGACGUUGAUAAAAAGAAAGAUAGUCCACUUAUGGAAAGUAAAAUGAAAAAGAAUCAAAAUGAUUCGAAUAAUAAUAAUACUAAUUCAAGUACUGCAACAUUUAUUUCAAUUCCUUUACAAUCAGAAGAAGAAAUUAGAGCUCACACAUUUUAUGGAGAAGGAUGUGUAGUUUUCACAUCAAAGAGACGUCUCCUUGUAGCAUAUGAUUUAUCAGAAACUAAACCUUUCCAUGAAUAUAUUUUCCCAAAGAGUGCAGUUGGAAAUAAUGCUGAAUUAACACACGUUGUAAUGUCUGUUGUAACUAAUUUUGAUUUGACAGUCAGAAAAAAGAAAGUCAAUGAUUUGAAAAGGAGCAUGAAUGAAAAGAGUGGUGAGGAAAAGGAAAAUGAAGAAGAGGAAGAGGAAGAAGAGGACGAUGAUGAAGAUACUAAAUCAAUUACAACAAGUCGAUCAGCAACAAUUAGAAAACCAACUCUCAACUUGGCUCCUUCACUUUCAUCAAAUGAGAAAUCUGGUGGAUUUUUCAGUAAUUUAUUGGGAAGAAGAAAUCAAAGAACUGUUGUGAAUAAUACUUCUAUUGCACCAGCUGAAAACAAAUCAUUCAAAGUUGGUAAGGGUCCACUUGUUCUCUUCUCAGUUCCAGAUAGAAUGUCAAUUAUUGCAUGUUAUUCGAAUUUAUAUAAGGAUUUAAAAUUGAAUGAAAGAUUGAAAGGAGAUAUUCCAGAAAGAGAUACUUCUGGUUUCACUAAAAUAUCAGUUUCACCUGAUUACAAAACCAUUUCAGCAUUCCAUCAAGCUUCUGGUAAUUUAUUUGUAUUUGAUUUGGCUCUGACUUCAAAUUAUUUGAAAUUCUUCACUGGAAUUACUGAACACCGAUUGGAUUCCCUAACCUAUUGUGGAGGUGAAUCAAUGAUGCUCUAUUGGAGUCCAGAAAAUAUUGGAGGUGGUGAUCAAUCUCUUGUAUUAUUAGUGAACUGUUUUGGACACUAUGAAUCAUUCACAUAUGAUGGUCCAAUCAUUGUCUCACAAGAAAUAGAUUCCUGUCGUUACUAUACUACUCAAAGUGUAGAAAUGAUUGAACGUAUUCCUGAAAGUGUUGUUGAAGUUUUCAGAAUUGGUAGCUUGUCACCUGCUGCCUUAUUGUAUGAUGCCUAUUCUGAUUAUGUCAAUGAAAGAGCUACUUGUUUAAAGACAAUCAGAGAAAUUAAAAACAAGGAAAUGGGAGAUCAAAGUGUUGAUGCAUUGUAUGAUGGUGUCAAUAAGUGUAUUGAUGCUGCUUGUAGAGAGUUUGAUGUUCACAUUCAAGAACAAUUAUUAAAUGCUGCCAUUUAUGGAAAGAAUUUCAUGAGAACAACCAUUGAUGAAGCAAAAGCAUUCCAAUUGAAAUGUAAAUAUAUUAGACUUAUGAAUGAACUGAGAAGUAGAAGUGAAAUUCCAAUCACUUAUGAACAAAUUCUUUCACUUUCUCCUCAAGUUUUGGUACAGAGACUCUCUGAAAUGCGUGAAUACUUGUUGGCCUAUAAGGUUUGUGACUAUUUGAAUUUGGCAAAGUCCAAAGUAUUAGAACAUUGGGCCAAAGCCAUGAUUAGAAGUAAGAUUGAAGAUAAGAAUGAAACUUCUCAAUUGAAACUCAAGGAUAUCAUUAUUAAGAAUUUGGAAAAAUUCUCAGCAAGUGUCAGUUUUUCAAAUAUUGCCAUGGAAGCUUACAAGGUUCAAAAGCCAAAGUUAGCUAAGGCUCUCCUUGAAGUAGAUUCUAAUGCUAACUCUCAAAUCAAACUCUACUUAUCUAUGCAUGAGACAUUGAGUGCAUUAGACAAGGCACAAAAGAGUAAUGAUACUGAUCUACUUUACACUGUAUUACUCUAUUUGAUGAAGUUCUUUGAUGCUUAUUACAUGUAUGAAUUGAUUGCUGACAAGAAGAUGGCAAGAAAACUUUUCAUUUCCUACUGUACACAACUUGGAAAGUAUAAGAAAUUAGAAAAAUUCUACAAGUAUUUAAAGAAUGAACAAAAUGAAGAAGCUGCCUCAAGAGAAAAUGGUUUUACACAAAUUAGACAUGCCUAUAAGAAUUACGAUUCCGUUGAUGAUAAGGCAGAGGAGAGAUUUGCCUAUUAUAUUGAGAAGGCAGAAACUUACUUUAAGGAAAGAUCAGCAGAUAAGCUUGACCUCGAGUUUGCAGUCAAGGAAAGAGAACUCUACGGGUUGCAAUUGAAAUUGGAAGAUGAAACAGAUGAAGAAUUUGUUGGAGCAUCAUUACAAGAUACUCUGUACAGAGUCAUGACAAGUGAAGCUCUCAAAGCCAAAAAGGGAGAAAGAAAAAAGUUUGUCAAGGUAUUGAAAAAGAAUUUUGGAGUUUCCCCAAAGAGAUAUUAUUAUUCUAAAAUCAAAGCUUUGGUAUUCUUGGGAGAAUGGAAGAAAUUAGAAACAUUUGCCACUGCAAAGAAAUCACCAAUUGGUUACAUUCCAUUUGUUGAAGCUUGUUUGGAAGCUGAUAGAUCUGAUGAAGCACUCAAGUACAUUCCUCUAAUUGAAUCAUUAGAAACCAAAGUUGAAUAUUGGAUUAAUUUACUUAAAUUCAAGGAGGCUGUUGAAGCUGCCUUUGAAGCUCGUGAUGUUGAAUUAUUGGAAUACAUUCAAAGAAAGACCAAGAAUAGUAAGACUAAGGAUACUAUUGAACAAUGUUUGAAACAACUCAAAUAA